AUGACCAAACCCGAAUCUACAAAAGAAAAAAAUAAUCCUAUCCGAGGUAUAGUCAAAAAAGUUAAAGAUUUUGUCUCCCCUGUCCGCAAGUCUACAUAUCAUCGAGUAAAAAAAGAAAGAAAUGAAUUAUUAAAAAACAGAAACCAAGACAACCCCAACUUAACCGAGCAAGGAAGGGAAGAAGAUAAUUCUCUUUUCCAAGAAGGGCGAGAAGAAAUUAUUGCUUCUAACGAAAGCGAAGAUAAUCAAGACGAAAAAGACAGUGAAAUUAGUGAUUUACAAUCAGAAAUAAAGGAAAUUGAACAGUUUGCUAAACAGGUUGAAAAUGCUUAUCAAGCCAAAAUUAAUGAUUUAGAAGCACGUUUGGCUCAGCAACAAAAGAGUCCCGGCCACAAAAAUAACAAUCCCAACCAAAGGUACCAAUAUGAUAAUCUGCUGAACGAAAUAGAAGACAAUUAUCAAGUAAUUGAGGAAUUAAUUAAAAAAUUAGAACACGAGGAAGAAAAAGUAAAACUUUUACAAAACAAAAUCCAAACUUUAAGGGCGGAGAAAAAAAAUCUCCAAGACCAAUUAAAUAAUCGCUCCCAACCAAAACCACCUAAAAGAAUUAACAAAAAGGCUUUAUUUCUUGGGGCAGGUCUGGCCAUUGCUGAAUUAACCAACAAUUAUUACAAUCCUGGUUAUUCCUCUACUAGUCAAUUGAGCCUUCUUAAUAAUUCAACCAACAAUUCUCUUAAUCUUAACUGA